UUCGUUUAUUCGUUCGUGCAAAGGCCAAUAAGUACUUGUUAUUACCUUUUAACUAUUAUUGACAACAAAAAGCUUGAUAUUGAUAGCUUGUUGCACCCGCCCUUUAAAAGAUAUACAAGUUUAAAUUUCUCAAAGAAGUAAUUUGCUAACGUUGUAACACUUUAUUAAUAGUAAGAAGAAACCAGAGGGAAAUUUUAAUCAAUCGCAUAAUAGGAGAUCAAGAACUGAUAAAAUACAACAAAGCGAACAACGACUCUCUAGAAUCGCACUUUUGGUAUCAAUUUUACUUUCCGGGAAAUAAACUUGAUCAUUUGGUACCAGUUUAUAUUUUAAACUUAAUUUUCACUUACAAUGGCAUAUUAUACAACAGUAUAACCCAUAUGGUCGUGGUGACUCUUUUCGUUUUUGCUGCUUCGCAACUCCGUGUACUGAAGAUACGUAUCAGCAAAUAUGGGCAGGGCAGAGAUAUGAAUGAUGAGCAGAAAAAAGUGGUUUUGAAGCAGCUUAUCGCUAAGCAUUUAUAUUUAAUUGGAUUUAUAAAAAACCUGAACAAUCGCACAAAGUACAUUUUACUAAUGGAGUAUCUUUUGAGUUCCGUGGAUUUAUCUUCUGUGGCUGUAAAUUUGGCAAAGGAAACAACCAUACAGACUAUUUGGCAUUUUAUUUUUUUCUUAUUGCUGUUCUUGCAAAUAAUGAUCAUGGCCUGGACUACGAAUGAGGUUAAACUUCAGAGCGUGGCAAUCGCAGACGGAAUUUAUAAUAGCGAUUGGUACACGUUAAAUAAGGAAAAUGCCAAACUUAUUCACAUAAUGAUUCUGAGGGCACAAAGACCAUUAGUCUUGACCAUCGGGCCAUUUGGUCCGAUGACGACUGAAACUGGAGUCAAAAUUUUAAAAGUGGCUUACUCCUACGUCAGCAUAAUGAAGCAAUAAUUAUCAAUAUUCAAAAUAUUCGCUUAAACACAGCAUGGCUAUAGAAUUUUUUUAAAAUGGGUUGAAAGUACCAUUGUCUAGCACAUCAGGAGUGAAUUUUUAUUGUUUAAUACAUAUGAACUUCUGCAGUAGAAAAUACAAAUACACCUGCAUUUAAUUGAAAUAUACUAUACAA